UGUAUUUUUGAUUUUCCAACACUCGAAUAUCUUUAACUUGCAGAGAUUUUCAGAUUUAAUUAAAAAAAUUUUCUCAACAAAAUGGAUGAAAGUUUAUCAAAUACAGAUUUAGAAUCAAAAGAAAAUAUACGAAUCGAAGAUUUAAUAAAAUUUCAUAAAGAAUUUAUUAAAAUUCUUCAAAUGAAAUUUAAUGAAGAGAGGGAAAAUAAUGUUAAUUUAGAAAAGAAAAAUAAUUCUUUAGAAAAUGAAUUGAAUGAAACCAAAAAACAAAUUGGAAAAAUAAAUUCUGAACGUGGAAAAGAAAUUAAAAAUUUAGGAGAAAUUAUUCUGCAAUUGAAAAUUGAAAAUAAUCAGUUAAAAGAGAAAAUUAAUUCUUCAGAGGAAAAAAAUAAACAGUCGAAAAAUUGUCCUCGCUGUCGAUUUCCUGCUGCCUUAACCGAUAUUAAACAACUUUUUGUUGAAGAAUCAGGUGAUAGUUCUGAUGAUUCUAGUGAUGAAUUUACUGAAAGUAAAAGUCAGAUUAAUUUUGUUAAAAUUAAAAAUAAAUGGAAAGAAAUUGAUAGUGGAUACAGUAUGUGUUGUACCAAUAAUUGUAUAAAUACAGAAAAUCCUGAUGGUAAUUGUGUUAAAGGAUAUGGAUAUGGAAAUAUAAUUGAUGAGGAAAAUAUUAAAUAUAUUAAUUGUUUGGAAGGGAAAUGUUUUGAUCAAUAUAUUACUGUUUAUGCUGAAAAUUCAUUUAAAGCCCCACAAAACAGCUUUAAUUAUUCCUUGUAUUAUUUUGAAGUUAAAUGUAAAUUUGAAAGAGAAAAGAGUUCAGUUUGGAUGAAUAUUGGUUUAAAAAAUUUAAAUACAAAUAAAUAUAUUUAUUAUUAUGCAAAUAAUGCUAAAAUUUAUAAUGAGAAAGAUGAAGCAUUUAAUGUGUCAAUAUAUUGGAAGAAUAAUGAUUAUUUUGGGUGUGGAUUAGUCUAUCCUCCAACUAAUAUGACGAAUAAAUUCCCUUAUGUUUUCUUCACACAAAAUGGAAAAGAAAUUGGGGAAGAGAUAUUAUUAAAGGACAAUUCAGAAUCAUACAAACCAUUUGUUUGGCUAAAAUCUCAUUCUGUUGAAGCUAAUUUUGGGAAUAAUUUGGAGGAAAAACCGUUUAAAUAUGAUAUUUCAGACCAUUUGAUUCUUAAAUAA